AUGGCGUCCGCUACUCCCACCAAGAUGACGUACCGCUUCCUGGGCAACUCCGGCCUGCUAGUGUCCAAGUUGGCUGUCGGAAGUUGGAUGUACCGAGAGGAAUACCACACCGUGGACGCCUGGUACGAGAUGAUGAAGACUGCGUUCAAGCGCGGAGUAAACUUCUACGACAACGCUGAGAUCUACGGCAACGGUCAGGCCGAAGAGAACAUGGGUGGUGCCAUAAAGAAAGGCAUCGAGGAAGGUGUCUGGACCCGUGAAGACCUCGUGGUCACCACCAAGCUCUUCGUGGGCUACAAGGGCUUCACGGAGUCUGGUCCGAACGACCAAGGCUUGAGUCGCAAGCACAUCGUUGAAGGUGCUCGUGCCUCACUGCGCCGUAUGCAACUGGACUACGUGGACGUGAUUUUCUGCCAUCGCCCGGAGCCUUACACGCCCAUUGAAGAGACUGUCCGAGCCAUGACCUUUGUCAUCAACCAAGGUUGGGCCUUCUACUGGGGCACCAGUGAGUGGUUGGCAUCGGAUAUCCGUGAGGCGUGUGAGAUCGCGGACCGUUUGGGCCUGAUCCGUCCCAUUGUGGAGCAGUCGCAGUACAAUAUCUUCACCCGCGACAAGGUCGAGUUCGAGUAUGCGGAUCUGUACAAGAAGUACAAGUUGGGUCUCACGACCUUCUCUCCACUGGCCUAUGGGACCCUGACUGGCAAAUACAGCAGCGGGAAACCGGACGGGUCGCGUUUCACGAAGCCUGCAUUCGCCAACCGUGCGUUGCAGCCGACCUACGACGAGCGCGUGGAGAUUGCCGAGAAGCUCAAGCCGAUUGCAAAGGAGCUGGGGUGCUCGCUGCCGCAGCUUGCGACUGCCUGGUGUGUGUCCAACAAGAACGUAUCAACUGUUCUCAUUGGCGCGAGCCGUCCAGAGCAGUUGGAAGAAAAUCUGAAGGCUAUUGAGUUCGUCGACAAGAUCACGCCUGAAAUGAAGACCAAGAUCGACGCUGUUUACACUGCCGUCCCAACCGUUCCUGAGAUGAACCCUCUUGGCUAUCUGCGUAAGCGUCACUUGUGAGUGUGCUUUCAUCUUCAGGUGUUCGUGACAGGUGGAAAAUAAUUAGCACAAACACAGUUGAAGGUCGAAUUGUCCGACAACAUGCUUACCUCUUUCGUGUUUGAAAGUUGAAGCAACAGCUAAUCAUUGUGAGCCC